AUGUCGACUGCAUCGGCUAUUGCAGCGUCCUCUGGCCCACGUUUGAAAGCGCGUGUAAACCCGGCAGAGAUUGUAAACGUCUCGGCCACCUCGUCUUCUGAAGCGCCCACUCCACGGCUCCGCAAGGUUCCUUCGUACGGCGCAAUGUCCGACUCGGGAGGCGGUGGUACCCGUUCCCGUUCCCCGCUACCCAGCAGCAGCCGUAGCGUGAUGGGUUUCCCAUCGUCGGCACCGGCCUUGAAGCCACGGCCACCGGUGGCAAAGGCACCGUCAACACGCACCGCAGGCACCUCCACCAUCGGAGUCGAACGGGUCACCAGGGUCCGCUCGCCGAACAGUGUCCUCGGCGUCGGCUCGUCGUCGGUUUCCACUCCCAACCGGUCACCUCCAAAUCGUUCACCGAGGCCCCGGUCCCCCUCCGGCAGCACCGUUGGCGGCAGCGGCAGCGGCCUGAGAGGCUCGCGCACACCUGGUGGUAGCUCAAACAGCAGUAUGGGUUCCAGGUUCAAAGCGGCCCUGAUUGCGCACGAGGAGUCCCCGGCCCCUGCUCCACGAGUGCAUGUCCGAGCAGCGUCGAUUGCAACUGGUGGCCCACGAUCAACAUCGGGCAUUGACCAUAGCGACAACAACAACAACAACAGCAACAACAACAACAACAGCGGCAGCAGCACCCCUCAUACACCUGCACCUCGGGCCAUCCCCGCCAGCAGCGGCUCGCGGAUAGGAGUAAACACCACAAACCUUGCACCUAAAUCAGCUCUUCCCCAGUUUGCAUCAUCUUCCCUGCUAUCACCCUCCACCCUCGUCCCAUCGGUUCGACCACCCACCCCACCGCAACUUGGACUGGACUCUGCCACGCCUCCUCAACCUGUCCACAUGCCAUUCGGUUCAGCGGCACUCAUUGAAGCAGAGCCCGAGCCAUCCUCCAACCAUUCGUCACCCGUGCGUCCAAGCAGAGCCCUGCCCUCCGGGUCACCCGUUCUACCGCUCCACCUGUUCCAACAACACCCUGCCGCGUCAUGCCCUACCUCACCUGUGCCGUCACAUUCGGCCCAGAUGCCGCUGGGAUCGCCACCGCGGCGCAUGUCACGGCCCGGCUUGCCUUGGAACCCACACUCAAACCCUCCCCCUCAGUUCCCCCUGGCUCCGGGGUCUCCCGAGCUGCGCACCGUCGCGCUGCCGACCAUGACACCCACACGCAGCCGCGAUUCGGGAGACGACGACGGACCAUUCCCACCUAGCCCAUUCCCACCCCACUUUUUCGCAGGGCCCAACGGCAACGGUUACGCGUCGGGUUUCUCUGGUUUCUCCGGGUACGCCUCCGGCCGUCUCUCUAGCGACUCGCAGGACCGCUCCGACUCGCACGAGAGUGGCGGUGGUCUCAGCUUUGACAGUGGCGAUGAACAUCAGAGCGAUGGCAGGCGGAUCAGUGUGUCGCCGCCCAAAUCACCUCCAAAGGUCCCGAGGGCCGAGCGCGACCGACUCAGCGGGAGCACUCUUGCCGUUGGGCCGGACGAGAUGCCCAAGGAUGAAGUAGUCGACGACGUGGACCUGUUCUCUGACGAGGAAAAGGCCAAGGUCGACCGCAAGAUUGCCGACUUGGAAAUCUCCAAUGCCUCGCUGCUCGCCAUCAACCGCACGCUCGAGGCGACAAAGGCCAAACAGCGCUCCGAAAUCGUAAAGCUCCGCCGCAUGUUGCGUGAAACCAACACACUGGGCCCUACCACCUCUCUCGUCCGUGCAUCCGCCUCUGCUGCUGCCAGUAGCCACCAUACGCGUGCGGCGACUAUCCCGCAGUCUCCCCUGGCCCGCGUCACGAGCGACGAUGACGCUGGCGCAGACGACGGGCCCUCGGGGGUUUGGGGCGAUGACGAGAUGGACGACCCGGAGCUCGAGGCGCGCUGGGAGCGCCUGACCGACCUCGUGGGUGCGAUGCGCCGCCAGGGCGAGCGCGCGGUUGAGCGUACGAAAGAGGACGCAAAGCCGGGCGUGCAGCGCGUCCUGGGCUGGCUCGAGGUGGAGGCGCUGGGUGGCGAGGCCGGCAGCAGCGUCACUGGCUCGCAGAGCAACUUGAACCUCGUGUCUGCGGCCGGCAGCGAGAUGGGCGAUACACCCGGGGAGAGCGUUGUGGCUGAGCAGCCGAGCAGCCAGUAG